AACCACCCCGAUAUCUCCCGCAGCCAGUGACGAUAUAAAAUGCUGUUCUGUCUGUGUGUUGUAGGACGGAAGUACACAAUCUUGUGGUAAAUUGGAAGUAACAGAAAGAGGUAGUUGAGUAAAGAAUUGCGGUUAAUAAGUAACAGGACACAACGGUCGCCCCCACGAUGCAAAGCCUGCUGGGAAAAUCCCUUGGCAAGCAGAGGGGUGUGUGAGUGUGUGUGCAGAGAGAUAUCGCUGAAAUAAAAAACAGGAAGACAAGAGGAGGGCUGGUUUACACGCAAUUUUUGAGUCUCCAGCUGUCAAUCAAGUUCUUCUUCUGAAGCCAAAGCUCUCGCUCUCAUGGGGAAGGUGAAAGGCAAGCCCGGGCCCUUGGCUCGGAGACCCGACAACUCUGCUUUCAAACAGCAGCGGUUACCUGCCUGGUCUCCAAUGCUAACUGCUAACACCGUGCUGCCUUUUUUCUACUUCAUGGCUUUGAUGUGUCUGCUGUUGGGAGUAUGGCUGCUUCUCACUGUGCAGAACACCCAGGAAAUGAAGCUGGACUACACAGAGGCUGAAACCUGCAACGAGUGUUUUGAAAUGCGUAAAAAUGUGAGCAACGCAAACAAGCCCUGCACCUGCACAGUCAAUUUUAGGAUUGACAAACCAUUUAAGGGAGAUGUCUUUUUCUAUUACGGACUCCGUAACUUUCAUCAGAACCUUCGCAGAUACAUGGACUCCAGAGAUGAUGGGCAGACGGUUGGAAGGAAGAAAAAUUUAAAGGACCCAAGUUCAUAUUGUGAGCCAUUUUUGAAAGAUCCCAGCGGACGCCCGAUUGCUCCCUGUGGCGCUGUGGCUAACAGCAUCUUCAACGACUCCUUCAUCCUGUGGUAUCAUCAUCCCAACGGCAGAGGUGAGGUUCCUUUGAUGCGGAAAGGCCUCACGUGGUACACGGACAAAUACAUCAAGUUCCGCAACCCAACGACUGACAACUUGACUCUAGCCGAAGUGUUUGAAGGAACGGCUCCACCCCCAUACUGGCAGAAGCCCGUGUACAAGCUCGAUCCCUCCAAUCCCAUGAACAACGGUUUUAUCAAUGACGAUUUCAUUGUAUGGAUGAGGGAGGCAGCUUUCCCCAACUUCAAGAAACUUUAUGGAAUCUUAUUCCGAAACGACAACCCCUUCACGAAGGGGCUUCCAGCAGGCAAUUACAGCAUCGAUAUAACCUACAACUUUCCCGUGCAGUAUUUUCGAGGCAGAAAGGAAGUGGUGCUGACAACGGUGACCUGGUUUGGAGGUCAGAACCAUUUCCUGCCUAUUGCUUACCUCGUAACCAGCAGCCUGAUCCUCCUGACAGCUGUCGUCCUCACGGUGGUCUGGUGGAAGUUUGGAAAAGAUGGGAAGAACAUGAAGGAGUGAAGAAGAAGAGGUGCUUCAGGAAACUAAUGAGAGGAAUGCUGGGAAAAACUUACAAGCAGAUUAAAAGAGAUUAUUGCUGGAUUGAUUUGAAGUUUUUUUUUUUUUUUUAAGAAACAAAAAGCUAAGUGCUAAACAUUUGUGAGUAAAUGAUGGAUGGGGAAAAUGGUUUAAAUAGGAAUGUUUGAUUUUGCGGCAGCACGUGAAGGAAAACGUUCUUUUUCAGAUCCACGCGUGUGACGGGUUUAUCGUGGUGCUGCUGUGUUUACACAUCUGAGCUGUGUUUACUUGAUUUUUACUUGCUGAAGUUUGCUUUUAUAAUACACACCAUUUCUCAUGUACUGUUAAUAUGUAUAAAUAUUUAUUAGAAUUCUUACAUUAACAAAAGCACAGAUCCAACUUUUAUUUUCCUAAUGCAGAGUGUAUUCCUGCAUCCUUGUGUGCACAAACUGUCAAAGUGCCACAUCUUAAAAUUAAAUAAAGGAUUAUAAUUAAAAUGA